UGGGGGCGGGGCCUCGGCGGAGUUGGGCGCCGCGUCUGCCUGGCGCUUCGGCGCAGUACUGGAGCGCAGCACCCAGCCGCAGCCGACACAGCUGUCGCACCUGGCCAGGCAGCCUCAUUGCUGGAAAUGACUGUCAGCUGCUUGCGCUGCAUAGCCAUCGUCACAUGCCUCACCACUGGGGCCUGGGAAGCCUGACCACAGACCAGUGUCUCCAAGGCAUGAAUAAUUAGGGAGGCAUAAUGGAAGGCACUCACUGCACCCUCCAAUUGCAUAAGCCCAUUACCGAACUCUGCUACAUCAGCUUCUAUCUUCCGAGGGGAGAAGUAAGAGGCUUUUCCUACAAGGGCACCGUAACUCUAGACAGAUCCAAUAAAGGUUUUCAUAACUGCUACCAAGUCAGGGAGGGAUCAGAUAUAGUCAGCCUCAGCCGGCAGCCGGCCGAACAUCCAGGCGACAUAUUUUUCAAGCCGACUCCCACAAAAGACAUUCUGGCGGAGCUGUACAAGCUCACAGCGGAGAGGGAGAGACUGCUGGCUGAUCUGUUGAGCUCUGACCACAUCCUGGGGAUUACCAUGGGGAACCAGGAAGGGAAGCUGCCAGAGCUGACCGUGAGCCUGGCCCCUGAGGACGACUGUUUCCAGAACUCUGGUGACUGGCAGGGAGAGCUCCCCGUGGGCUCGCGCAACAGAAGAAGCACCCACGGGAACAGAAAGCCCCGGAGGUUUGGCGGAAGAAGAGAGAGAUCUGAGGAGCUGCCGCAGAAGAGGGCAAGAAGGAAAGGGCGUGGGGGCCAAGAACCUGCUGUUUGCAUGGGAAAGGACCAGAUCUGUUCCAGAAGCUCCUUUCCUUCCAGACUCGGGACUCAGCGUAGGCUUCUCCAGGAAGGAGGAAGCUGGCUCCUGAGUGGGGAACUUGCUUCCCCGCCACAUGAGACAGAGAACGCCCCACCAAAUAUCUUUAGGAUGCUCGAUACAGACCUUGGCUUUGGGCGCCCUGGGCUUGACAGAGGAGUGCAAGACCCAAUCUGCAGUUCCGCAGAAGUGGCAGAAGAUGGUGGGAGGGGCCUGUCUAGGUGGCCUCCUGGCACACAGUAUCAACAAACAGGACUGCCGGAAAGUCAUAAGGACCCCAAGAAACAUCCAGAGGCAAAGAGGAGCAGGCCAGAGAAGUCAGUUGAAAGGGCUUGCAGGGAAAAACCUGUCUGCAAAGUCGUGGCCAAAGUCCAGGAUCUGUCUGCUCAUGUGCAAAGAGUGGUCUCAGCACAUCCUGAGGCUGAGGAAGCCGACUUCCUACCCCGGGCAGACCUGCUCAUCCUCCCAGGAGCGCAGAGUCCCAGGCACUUGGACAAAGAGCAGCAAGAAUGUGGAUCUUCCCCAUCAGUGGCGAGAGACUGCAUUUGUAGCCCACCAGCUGCUGCCGAGGAGGCCGUGAACAAGGCCCACCUGAAGGUGAUAGAGAGCAAGCAGUUGGAUGAAGCCACUGAGGGGAAAAAGCUGGGCUUCUGUCUUAGUAAAAGAGCCACCUGUAACCUCCCGGAAAGCAGAAGCAAGAGAAGAGCUGGGCCAUGCCACAACAUCACUCCUGGCUCCCCUCAACUUGGAGAUGGUAACAGGUGGCCAUCGCCCCCAGCAUCAGCAGCACCAGGCAUGGUAUUUAAUAAUUCAUCCCCUCAGUCAGGCACAUGCUGCCGGAUGUCACCUGUUCCCUCGCCUCUGUCACCAAGGCACUCCAGUGCACAGCAGCAUCACAGGGUCCUUCAGCUCCCUCCACUGCCUGGGGAGAGGGAAGCUGCCCUUCAUGACUGUCCCAGGAGGAAGAGUGGUGUUUUUUCUGGAUCUUCCUCUGCUGACAUCUUGGAGCCACCGUCCUCUGCAAAGGUCACGGAGACCACAGGAGCCAGCCCGGCCUCCCUCAGAGCAGGCCAACCCCAGCAGGUGCCUGGGGAAAAGAGUUUGGGGCCAGGGAAGACCGCAGCUGGGUCCCAGUGCCUGUCACUUCCAGGUGCCUCUGCUGAUGGCUUGCCAUGGGACUACUUCAGUGAACAGACCACCAAAGACAGUUCCAGCAGGGAUGGAGGUGCAUGGGUCCUGGGCUAUAGGACAGGACCAGCCUGUCCAUUUCUGCUCCAUGAGGAAAGAGAGAAGCCAAGCAGAAGUGAAUUGUAUUUGGAUCUCCAUCCUGACCAGAGUCCCACAGAGCAGGAUGAUAGGACCCCUGGUAGACUCCAAGCCGUCUGGCCACCCCCGAAGACAAAAGACGCAGAAGAAAAAGUGGGAUUGAAGUACACGGAAGCAGAAUACCAAGCUGCCAUUUUACACUUGAAGAGAGAACACAAGGAAGAAAUUGAAAACCUGCAGGCCCAGUUUGAACUUCAGGCCUUUCAUAUCCGGGGUGAACAUGCCAUGAUAACAGCGAAAUUAGAAGACACGAUAGAAAAUCUCAAACAGGAGUUAGAACACCGAUGGCGAGGAGGAUGUGAAGAGAUGAAAGAUGCUUCCAUCUCUACUGAUGAUGACUGCCCUCCCAAGACUUACAGGAACGUGUACAUCCAGACAGACAGGGAGACCUUCCUAAAGCCCUGUGAGGCCGAGAGCAAGGCAACCAGAAGCAACCAAAUAAUACCCAAGAAGCUGAAUAUUUCCUCUUUAAGCCAGCUCUCUCCCCAAAAUGAGAACAAAGACAUCCAGGCACCACUUCAGUCUGUAGAAGGCAUGUCAUCAAAUCAGCCGAAGACAUCAGUUUCCCAUCCUGUACCACCCCUGCAAGCUCCCAUCCCUCCACCUCCUCCCCUGCCACCUGGCCUUGACCCUUUGCCACCAGCACAUCUGACAUCACCUAUGAGUGCUGGUCCCCCGCCACCGCCACCACCACCACCACCACCUCCUCCUCCUCUACCACCACCACCACCACCUGCUCUACCUCCAAGUGCUGGACCUCCUCCACCUCCUCCCCCUCCACCACUCCCUAACUCUUCUGCCCUGACCAAUAAUGGAGGGCCUCCUCCUGCUCCAGCACCCCCAGGACUUGCACCUCCACCUCCUCCUGGACUCUUUUUUGGACUCACCUCUACUUCCAGCCAGUAUCCUCGAAAACCAGCCAUUGAGCCCAGUUGUCCCAUGAAGCCUUUGUACUGGACUAGGAUACAAAUAAGUGAGAGGAGCCAAAAUGCUACACCAACGUUAUGGGAUUCCUUAGAAGAACCUGACAUUCGGGACACUAGUGAAUUUGAGUAUUUGUUCUCUAAAGAUGCGACUCAGCAGAAGAAAAAACCUCUGUCAGAGACCUAUGAGAAAAAAAACAAGGUCAAAAAGAUCAUCAAGUUAUUGGAUGGGAAGCGGUCUCAAACUGUGGGAAUCUUGAUAUCCAGUUUGCACUUAGAAAUGAAGGAUAUCCAACAUGCCAUUUUCAAUGUGGAUGACUCUGUGGUUGACCUGGAGACCCUCGCAGCUUUGUAUGAAAACAGAGCCCAAGAAGAUGAAUUGGUGAAAAUAAGAAAGUACUACGAGACAUCCAAAGAAGAAGAGUUGAAGCUGCUGGAUAAACCUGAACAAUUUUUGCACGAAUUAGCCCAAAUCCCAAAUUUUGCUGAACGUGCUCAGUGCAUAAUCUUCCGAUCUGUCUUCUCUGAAGGUAUCACCUCUUUGCAUAGAAAGGUAGAUAUCAUCACUCGAGCGUCUAAGGGCUUGCUGCACAUGAAGAGUGUGAAGGAUAUUUUAGCUCUCAUUCUGGCUUUUGGAAAUUACAUGAAUGGAGGAAAUAGAACUCGGGGACAAGCAGAUGGAUAUAGCUUAGAAAUUCUGCCCAAACUCAAGGACGUCAAAAGCCGGGAUAACGGGAUUAAUCUGGUGGAUUAUGUUGUGAAGUAUUACCUGCGUUAUUAUGAUCAGGAAGCUGGAACAGAAAAGAGCGUUUUCCCUCUGCCUGAACCACAAGAUUUUUUUCUAGCUUCCCAAGUCAAGUUUGAAGACCUCAUAAAAGACUUGAGAAAAUUAAAGAGGCAACUAGAAGCCAGUGAGAAACAGAUGACCGUGGUGUGCAAGGAGUCUCCAAAGGAGUACCUACAGCCUUUCAAGGACAAACUAGAAGAGUUUUUCCAUAAAGCCAAAAAGGAGCAUAAAAUGGAAGAAAGUCACUUGGAGAAUGCACAGAAAAGUUUUGAAACAACAGUGGGAUAUUUUGGGAUGAAGCCCAAAUCUGGUGAAAAAGAGAUCACCCCCAGCUAUGUGUUCAUGGUGUGGUAUGAGUUCUGCAGUGACUUCAAGACAAUUUGGAAACGGGAGAGUAAAAACAUAUCGAAAGAAAGAUUGAAAGUGGCUCAGGCAUCUGUCAGCAAGUUGACAUCAGAGAAGAAAGUAGAGACAAAGAAAAUCAACCCCACUGCUAGUCUGAAAGAAAGACUGCGUCAGAAGGAAGCCAGUGUGACCGCCAACUAAGGUGCAGCCGCAUGAAAAACAGUAACAGUGGAGUUGUAGUUUGCAUGUUUCUUUCUGACCCUAGGGCUGAGGAAGUUGUUGGAACAUCUGCUCCUAACUGUGGGUUUUGCUCGUCACUUUCUAAGGUCUACUGCACAGAGCGUUCUAUGCCUCCUUU